AUGUCUAGACCCCCACCCCCACUGUCCUACUACAGUCCCCAACUGUCCAUGUCUAGACCCCCACCCCCACUGUCCUACUACAGUCCCCCACUGUCCAUGUCCAGCCCCCCACCCCCCACUGUCCCACUACAGUCCCCCACCCACACUGUCCUAGUCCAGCUCCCCACCCUCACUGUCCUAGUCUCAGACCCCCACCCCCACUGUCCUAGUCCAGCCCCCCACCCUCACUGUCCUAGUCCAGCCCCCCACCCUCACUGUCCAUGUCUAGACCCCCACCCUCACUGUCCUAGUCCAGACCCCCACCCCCGCUGCCAUGUCUAG